GCCAGUCAGCAAAGGGGGUGGGCGCCGCUCUGCUGCACUAAACCGAGGAGAAGGAGUGGGCGGGAGACAGAGAAGGGAGAGAAACACAUAGAGGAAAGAGGGAAAGAGAAGAAAGUGUCCAUUACACCGGGUGGAUUUUUCCAGAGCACCGAUGUUGGAACACUCUUCUGAGCUGGCCCUGGUGCAGAGUUUGUAUGCCAACAGCAUGCGCUGUCCCCCCUCUGCGGCCGGGAUCUCUGUCAGGAAUGAAGACCUGCCUAUGAGCAACGGCAGCAAGAUGAAUGGGUCGCUGGAGCAUUUGGACCAGCCGGACCCAGACUCCAUCAAGAUGUUUGUGGGACAGAUCCCGCGCUCCUGGUCAGAAACGGAACUAAAAGAGCUUUUUGAGCCCUUUGGAGCUGUGCACCAGAUCAACAUCCUCCGUGAUCGCACCCAGAAUCCCCCUCAGAGCAAAGGAUGCUGUUUUGUAACUUUUUAUACAAGAAAAGCUGCACUGGAGGCCCAGAAUGCACUGCACAACAUAAAGACCUUAAGUGGGAUGCAUCAUCCUAUCCAGAUGAAACCCGCUGACAGUGAGAAAACAAGUGCGGUUGAAGACAGAAAACUCUUUGUCGGAAUGGUGUCAAAGAAAUAUGGCGAGAACGAGGUCAGAAUGAUGUUCUCGUCUUUCGGACAGAUCGAAGAGUGCCGAAUUCUCCGGGGACCAGAUGGUCAGAGCAGAGGCUGUGCGUUUGUCACAUUUGCUACCAGGGCAAUGGCACAGAAUGCAAUCAAAACCAUGCAUCACUCUCAGACUAUGGAGGGCUGUUCCUCACCUUUGGUGGUGAAGUUUGCCGACACACAGAGAGAUAAGGAGCAGCGGCGCCUGCAGCAGCAGCUAGUACAGCAGAUCCAGCAGCUCAACAGCGCCUCCACCUGGGGAAACCUGGCUGGCCUGGGGACCCUCACACCGCAGUACCUGGCUCUGCUCCAGCAGGCCACAUCUACCAGUAACCAAGGCAAUUUCAACGGUAUUCAGAGGCUAGGAGGUGUGAAUCCCCUUCAGCUGCAGAACUUGGCCACAUUAGCUGCUGCUGCGGCUGCAGCUCAGAGUUCUGGCAGCCCCACUUCCACCAAUGCCCUGUCUACAAACAGUGGAGCCCUGGGAGCUCUGGCCAGUCCAGCUGGUUCAACAGCAGGGUCCAGUGCCGGUGCUGCCAUGAACACCUUGGCUUCUCUGGGCACCCUGCAGGGUCUCACUGGGACCUCUAUGGGCCUCAACAACCUUAACGCUCUCACCAGCAGCGUCAGUGGUAUGGGGGCCAUGAAUGGAGGUCUGGGAGCCUCCAUGGCUAAUGGGUCAGCAGCCAGCUCCAUGGACGCUCUGACCCAGGCCUACUCAGGGAUGCAGCAGUACACAGCCUCCGCCCUGCCCUCCCUCUACGGCCAGUCUCUCCUGCAGCAAAGCAUUGCUGGCAGCCAGAAGGAAGUAGGGCCAGAGGGCGCCAACCUGUUUAUCUACCACCUGCCACAGGAGUUUGGGGAUCAAGAUCUUCUGCAGAUGUUCAUGCCUUUUGGAAAUGUGGUCUCUGCCAAAGUCUUCAUUGACAAACAGACCAAUCUGAGCAAGUGCUUUGGGUUCGUCAGCUAUGACAAUCCUGUGUCUGCGCAAGCUGCCAUCCAGGCCAUGAACGGUUUCCAGAUUGGAAUGAAGAGGCUGAAGGUUCAGCUGAAGCGUUCCAAGAACGACAGCAAACCCUACUGAUCCUAGCCCCGGGGCCUUCCCCCCUUCCCAGCUCUAAUGCUAGCACUGCUAGGGUAAGUUCACCCUCCAGCCAAGGUCACCACAGCAGAGACUCAGUGGGGCAGGGGGAAAGGAGCCCACCACAGGAGGGAGACUUACCCUAUUCCUAAAAGAUGGUUGCGAUGUUCGUUCCACAUUUUACUGUAUUUCAUUCCUGCGGUUUUCUCAUGUAAUUUGAGUCGGAUUAAAUAUUUUAAUGUAUAUGAUUAUUUAUGACUAUCACUGGAGUCAGUGUUCGCUGGAGGUAUUUUGUGUCACUGUAUUUAGUGGAGAGCAUCAGGUGUGUUUCCAUGCCAUUUCAUUGCCUUCAGGUCAAGUUAGACAGGUUGACUAAGGAUCAGUUGUUGUGUUGAAGGGCAGAAGCCAGACCACGUAGACCCCCGAGCCCAGAGCUUCAACUUGUUUGGCUUUUUACGUGUAGUCUGUCUCGUUUGUCAUUCUUAAUGUGAAAAUCCUUUGCACUCUAAAUUUUUCAAUCUUCGUUCCCCCUAUCUGUCUCUCACUCUUUCUCCCCCCUCUCUGUCGUAUCAUUAUCUAAGCCAUGUUGAGCUAGGCUACCUCUCUCUUUCUCUAUUAACAACCUCUUCCAGUCAUUCCAUCCAUCCUCCAAGUCUCCCACAAGGGACUGGCUCUAGAUGGAUCUCUUUGGGUGCCAAGUAUACAGUUUGUGCAUGUUGGAGUCUCUGCCAUAUGUCCUGGUGGUGUCACUUCCUUAAAUCUGUGCAUUGUUUUUGUGUGUCGGGAGAGAUGGGGGGGAAAUGUUUACCGCACUGUCCUUACUGUAUGUGGUGAUUGGCAUUGUUUUUGUUGGUUUUUGUGCCUCAUGGCUAAACGAUUCUUGUGCUGUGCCCCUAACUUUCUCUUCUCUCCUCUUUGUCUCCUCUCUCUCUCUUCCUUUCGUGUUUUUGUUCCUUUUUUAGAACAAAUCUCCAUGCCUGUUUGCUCAUCAUUAGCCUAGCAUGUCUUCAUGAUGUUGAAAGCCAAGCCAAACUCCUGGCCUCAUCAUCCCACCAUUGUCUGUGAUGUCUCUCUAAGCUCGCCUGACCAAUACCUGGCCACCCACUGACCCUUGACCUUAGCUCAACCUGAUUUUUCUGCAUGUAUAUUAAUUUUUGUUUUUGUUUUUUCUGUAUAGAAAUGUGACAGGUGGGAGAGAGGUCAAGCAAAUCAAUGUGAAAACUUACUUACGUUGAAUUCAUUUAAGAGACCUUUUUUGUUUUGCGAAUGUUUUAAAAAAAGAAACAAAAAAACCUGUGGGAUUUCUUAUUUUUAAUUUAGUUUUUUGUUUUUUAUGUUGCUUUCUUUUUACCUCUCUCAGUAAAGUUCACUUGAAAGUUGAAUACAGGGAUUGGCACACAGCUGUGCUAUUUGGUGCCAUUAGCAAUAUGUUGGCUUCUUAAAAAAAACCAUGCUUCAGACCACUUUCCAACACUUUUGAAAGUCUGACCAGUAAACCCCCUCUCAGUGCUCUGUAAUGAUCUCUACAUUUUGCGGGCAGUGUGAAGAUUUACACCAAGGCUAUUUAAAAAUAUAUUUUGUUUUCAUUUACAAAAAUAUCCAGUGUAUUUGCUUUUUUUCUUUUUUUUUUCUUUUUUUUUGAACUAUUGAUGGCACAAUAAAAGGUACAUUUGCUCUGUUUAGAGAAAUGACUACCUACAUGAGUCAACUUUUUUAGAACUGAUUCACAAAUAGACAAUCUGUGGUUUAAAUGCACACUUAGAUUACCUAUAUUUUAUACCAUUGAAUCUAUAGAAGUUUAACUAACAGAACCCAGGCAAAACGAUGGGUUUUUUGUAGAUUAUGUUGUAAUGUCAUCUGUGUCGGGGGGGCGGGGGCGGGGGGGUCUUCGGUGUAUUACAUUUUUAAAGAGGACUAAAAUCACUUUGAUCAGUGUGACCAUUUGAGGGUCAUUUCUAGUAGAUUAAAAACACUUUAAGUCAAAAAUUCCUCUGCAUUAAUUGUAAUUUCAACUUCUAGGGAAAAAAGUACUUUUUUUAAGGGUCACAUUUUGAGUAUCAAGGCUAAUUUUUUUUUUUUUUUUUUUUUUUUUUUUUUUUUUUUUUUCUUUAAGAAAAAUUUAGUGUUCAAUUUCCACGGUACGUCUUGUUGACUUUCUGUGAAUUUCUCAUUAAUAAUUUAAUUAAUGGAUGUUUCACUUUGGUUUAGUUUGGAUGCCUCAUAUUGAAAGAUGAUGAUUUACAAUGUCUGUUAAUCAUACAGAUGCCAGACAAUGUUUUUGUUUUGUUUUGUUGUUAAAGUGCCCAUGUGUCAAACUCAGUGUUUUUGAAUUCACACAACACUCUUUCCUGUAAUAUUACCUAGUUUUCUUUAUAUAUAUAUAUAUAUAUAUACACGCACGCACGCACGCACGCACGCACGCACACACACACACACACACACACACACACACACACACACACACACACACACAGCGACACAACACUUUCUGUGAUUGCAAAUGUGGGAGCCCCUGAAGAAGAGAUCACUCGGACAGAACACACGACCUGUGGGUCUCUGCACGUUUUAUAGACACACACACACACACACUUGCUUUUUAUUUUUGUGUUUUGCUGAUUGUUCUUUUAAGUGACUUCCAGUAUCAUGUUUCAGUCGGACACGAUGCACGGCACAUUAAUACCAAGUCCACCACAAUAGUGUUGGUUUACAAAUACAUUCCAUUUUUUCAGCACAAAGUUUACACUUGUUUUUAUCGGGGUGGUAUUUUGUCUGUUGUACUACAAGUUGUCGAUACAACCCUGGUAAAAUAACAACCACUUCACCCCCCCCCCCCCCCCAAAAGAAGGGUUCCCUAAAACUGCGUACCUGAUGGCGCUAAAGAGUUGUCAACUCAGGGGUUUUUUUGUGUGUGAAAGUAGACACUCACACAGGAUUACGACACAAAUGCACAAUUGUCACCAUUUGACCUUUUUGGUUUGGAUUUUUUUCUUUUCUCAAAAUACAUAAAUAUUCCAAAAAAAAAAAAAAGUAAAAGAGAGGUACCAAAUUUGAAACAGUGCUGGAGGAAAGUGUAGUUUUGUAAGGAAACGUUAAGCACAAUUGUGGGAGCUAAUCACUUUUGCAGAAUGUUGUGUGUGAUUAUAAUCCCAAAAUUUUCAAGGUACCACUGAUUUCACUUUUUAAUAUGGGCAUGUGCUUUUUACAGUGUGUUUUUUCUAUCCAAAUGCAAUACAAUAUUCAAAGUGCCAUAUAUACGUCUAGAAACUGCCUACACAUCCUUAUUAGGCCUUGGUUUAGAGAUUGCUGCAGUUCGCCUUUUUUGUCUAUUUAUGCCAGUGUCAUGAAAGCUCUUGUCACCUGCUCAUGUCCCCUUCUCCUCCCCCCGCUCUGUGUGUUGAGUUAUUGGUUAUUGGAGUUAUGUGUAUUGUGAUGUACUCAAUUUGAACAGUUGGUUAAAAAAUUGUAGAUAAACAAUAAACUUCCCUAUACAUUUGAAGGUUAAACCUCUUUCUUAGUGAGUGUGAACACAUGUAUUGUAACACUUUGCGACUUUGCGAUACAAAUAUUUGGUGAUCAUAUGUGUUAGGGAAUUUUUGAGUUUAAUAAAAUCCAAAACAAGCUAAAACUCAAGAAAGGAAAGAAAGAAGAAGGAAAAAAAAAAGGACUUGGGAGCCAUGCUAGUAAGAUCCUUAAGUGAUAAAGUCGUGUGUCAAACACUGAAAUGAUUGCAGGACUGUUGCGAUAUGCAGUGUAUGUUGAAGUGUUACUGUGAAUGAAUUUCAAAAAAAGAAAAAAAGAAAAAAAAAAAAAGCACAAUGUACAGUCCACAGCGGUCCCAACAAGAACUUGACUCACUUCAGGGGCUUCCAUCACAAAUACCGUUCAAGCUCUAACAAUCACUUUCUUUCUUCUGUUGUUUUCAUAUUCUGAAGUGCUAUUUUUUGACAGUGUGGUAGCUUUGCAUCUCUAUAGAUAUUAUCCUGAUCCAAAAGAAGAGAGAGAAAAAAAAUCUUGUGUUAUUUUCUUGUCUGAUAAUCGGUAGGACUCUGUUCAUGUUCCACCAAUAAUUUAAUAGAUGUUUUGUCUUGUCUUGAUGAAAGCCAAAGUGGGUGCAUCUUGAUGUGAUCUGUAUUAUACAUACAGUAGUUUUUUUGUUUUUUUUCUGUUCAGUCAAUAUCAAUUUUUUUGAAACUGGGUGGGAUUUGAAAAAGAAAAAAAAAUGACAUACACAGGCUUUCCAAUUUCUACAACUGGUUGUUCAUAUGUAUUUUGUACCAGUGAAGCUUUUUAUAUUGGAAAUUAAAGAAAAAAAAUCUAUAUUGGAAAAAAAAUUGUCUGGCCUCUCAAUGUGGCCUCGCCUUGACUAGGUCUCGAGUUUGGCCUCUUGGUGGCGUCAAGCAAUUUUUUUUUUUUUUUUGUCUCUAAAAGAUGCCUGAUUUUGAUUUUACUUGGAUCUCUACAUGUUCCUCACUUCGUUAAUCGGUUUCAGUUUCGGGGGGGUUGGGAUCCUCUAAAUCGUGGUAAGUUUCAUGUUAGUAUUUGUGCUGUCCACAUAGUUUAAUGGUCAUCAGGAUUUCAGCAACUUGUGUGGAUAAUUGUCUUAGUUAAAGAGUUAACUAUCUGUUUAGUUUGAGCCUUGCUUUUUACCUGUGUAGAGUUUUCUGUUUUUUCCCAUAGCGGAGUGUGUAGCCGAAAGACUCUGUGUUCUUUUUUGGUCAAUGUUUGUUCAUGUGUGGUGUGUUUCUUUGCCUCUGUCUCCAAAUUAAACCAUUUCCCCUAAUAUGGA